CGAACACUCAUCUGUACAGAAAGCCCCAGGCUUUAAAUUCCUCUAAAAAAAAGUGUUUGUUUAAUCCCCAACAGACAUCAUGAUGCCACCAUCUACUCAACGACCCGUUAUCAUUGUCGGAGCCAAUCUGGUAGGGCUCUCAGCGGCUCUGUGCCUAUCCAAACACGAGAUACCAACGGUGGUCCUAGAAAAACACGCCUCUAUCUCGAAGCACCCAAGGGCGAUCGGCUUUACAUCGCGGACAAUGGAAAUAUAUCGUUGGCUUGGUAUCGCAGAUCGCAUUCCGGAAGUCCCCGAAGACUUCAAUCUGAUGCGAGCAAGAGUCGAGAGCAUGACCGGUAAGUGGUUUGAAAGCACGUCCUGGUCGGGCACGGAAAAGUCUAGUAAGGAAGACUCGACUGUGAAGAAACAAUAUUCGCCUUCUCGCGGAGCGGCCAUACCUCAGGAUCAACUAGAGGCCAUCCUACAAGAGGCGGUCAUCGAACGAGGCGUGAAUAUCCGACGCCAGCAUACGGUAACCAAUAUCGAGCAGGAUCCAAACAGUGUCACCGUCACUGUAGUAGAUCCCCAAGGCCAGGAGAUACAGAUCCAGAGCUCGUAUCUUAUUGCUGCAGACGGGAAUCACAGCACGGUUCGCGAGUUACUCCAGAUUCCACGGAAUGGUCGCGGCCAUAUGCAGACAAUGCGCAGUGUACUGUUCCGCGCCCCCUUGGAGCAGUACAUGCAGGGUGUGCACCAAUUCAGUAUCGAUCAGCCCAAUCUCAAAGCGUUCUUGACGACCUACAACGACGGCCGAUGGGUCUUGAUGUUCCACGAUGAUGUUGAACGUGAUGAGCCGACCCUCCGUGCUGCUAUCAACCAAGCGAUCGGCACAUCAGAAAUCCCAAUUGAGAUCAUUACAACCGGUCGUUGGGAUUUAGGAGCUCUGGUGGCGGAAACUUUUCAGUCGGGACGCAUCUUCCUCGCCGGCGACGCGGCUCACACGCUGCCACCCAACCGAGGCGGAUAUGGAGCCAACACGGGAAUCCAUGAUGUCGAUAACCUCGCCUGGAAACUAGCAGCUGUUUUAUCAGGCAAUUCCUCUCCCGAACUUCUCGACACAUACGAUGCGGAACGACGUCCGGUGGCCCUUCUGCGCCACGAUCAAAUCUUCGCCCGAGCGGAUUACAAGAUCCAUCUCGACAAGGCCACGCCGGCCAGUCAGAAACUCGACGACGACGCCAUGGAGUUUGGGCAGCUGUACGUAUCAAAUGGCUUCAUUGGGCUCGAUGAUGAGCUGCCACGAGCGCGGAAGCCGGACGAAUGGGCAGGCCAGCCUGGCACGCAUGUGCCACAUUUUUGGGUCACCAAAAACCAGGAAACUGUUUCUAUCUUAGACGUGCUAGGUGAGGACUCCUGGGCUCUCGUCUCACAGUCGACGGAAUGGGGGGAAGCUGUGGCUCAGAUGAAUUUGAAGUCACCAGUCCGGGUGAAGCAUGUUUGUAUCGGACAAGAUGUACAAUAUGCGGACGAAGGAAGCGUUCAGGGUAUGCUGGGAGUAUCUGCCACCGGUGCGUCUCUUCUACGACCAGACGGAUACAUUGCGUGGAGGACGAAGGAAAUACCAGCGAAUGCUGCCCAGUGUCUUGACAAUGUUGUCGCUCAAGUCUCCUUUCGGAUGAAAACCCAUCUGGAUUGAAGCCCGUUUUUGCAUGUUGGCUUUGGAGUUGAUGGUUGAUUCUGGUAUGAUCAUCUUUUACAUAGAAUCAUUAUAUUUUGAACCAAUAUUUGUUCUAGUCCUGAGCCACUAUUUAGUAAAAGGCCUAUA